GAAGAAAAAUAUAUUCACCCUCCACGCCGUCUUCCUGACACCUCCUCAGUCCUCACACCGCAAGGCCAGAGAUCAGUCAAGAUGGCGCCCGCUAACCUCCCCUCCAUCUUCAAUGCCACGAGCACCGAUAUUGAGCAGCUCCUUGCUGCUCAGUGCCACAUCGGCUCCAAGAACCUCGGUGUUCACAUGCAGCCUUACCUCUGGAAGACUCGCGCCGACGGUGUCAACAUCUUGAACGUUGGCAAGACCUGGGAGAAGAUCGUCCUUGCUGCCCGCAUCAUCGCCGCCAUCGACAACCCGGCCGAUAUCUGCGUUAUCUCUGCCCGUCCCUACGGUCAGCGUGCCGUCCUGAAGUUCGCCGCCCACACCGGUGCUCAGGCCAUCGCCGGUCGCUUCACCCCCGGUUCUUUCACCAACUACAUCACCCGCUCUUUCAAGGAGCCCCGCCUCAUCAUCGUCACCGACCCCCGCACUGAUGCCCAGGCCAUCAAGGAGGCUUCCUACGUCAACAUCCCCGUCAUUGCCCUCUGCGAUGCCGACUCGCCCACCGAGUACGUCGAUGUUGCCAUCCCCACCAACAACAAGGGUCGCCACGCCAUCGGCUGCGUCUGGUGGAUGCUUGCCCGUGAGGUCCUCCGCCUCCGCGGUACCAUCUACAACCGCGAGACCCCCUGGGACGUCAUGGUCGAUCUUUACUUCUACCGCGACCCCGAGGCUGAGGCCGAGGAGAAGGUUGAGGAGGAGAAGCUCCCUGGUGUUGAGGAGGAGGGUGUUGCCGCCAUUGAGUCCGGCUUCCCCGCCACUGGUGACUGGGAGGCUGCCCCCGCUGGCUUCCCCGCCACCGGUGAGUGGUCCGAUGCCGCUCCCGGUGCCGCUGCCCCCAACUGGGACGCUACUGCCCCUGCCACCACUGCUGACUGGGCCGCCACCGAGGCCAAGGAGUCCAGCUGGUAAACAGUUGUAAUCGAAAAAACACAUUCGGUUUCUGGGUCAAAAAUGGCGUAAUGGAGGCGUGAUGGAGACUGGACUUGUGGCUUGAACCUCGCCCACCGAUUUCCAACACGAAUUGAUCAUGAAUACCCCCAACAAUGGAAUCUGGCUCUGGCUUCUUGCAAACCGUUUAUCCCCUGGCAAUGGGUCAAACUUGACCGCACUAAUGAGGGAAAGAUACUCGAUCUGGCGCCAUCUACUCUUGUAUAUGCUGUCUGGAAAGAGGGAAUGCCCUGUGGGGUCAAGAGGGGUGGACUUAAUCGUUAUCCCGCCCUUGCCAUGUGGUGCGAUUUGUGAAGUUUGGGGAUCUUGAAACAGAUGAGAUUUGCUCCGAAUGGAUACGUCCUGACCCUAC